AUGUCCAUAACACUUUCAACAAAAACUUCCCCAUUUCCUUACGCUUCAAUCGCCAUCGCGACGUUCACGCAGAAAGUAGAUCUCAACUACGACGAAUCAGUAGAUGGUAUCACUCUGGAGUUUGAGGGAUCACAGAUCUCUGCGGAGGAUGAGAUCGUAGCUGUGCUGGCAAACGCAGGAGGACUUGCUGGAGACAGCUCAAAGACAGCCGCAUAUUUUGAUCUCGCAAAAACUGUCCCGACCUUGACGGCAAUACCGGAUAUCCUUGCUGCUCUCGAUUCGUUAGAUAACCAUCUCGCAUACCGCACGUUCCUCGUCGGCCACGACAUCACUGCAGCCGAUUUCAUUAUCUGGGGUGCAAUCAAAGUUGCACCAAAACUUAUUGGGUUGCUCAAGAACGGACAGCAGUAUGUUCAUCUUCUUCGAUGGAUGUCUCACAUCGAGAGUCUCGAGUCCACUCAAGCUGCGCUCGCGAGUCUCGCAACGGCCAAAUCCAACAAAGCCAGAUCGAACAAAACGGCCGCAGGAUUCGCUCUCGGCCUCCAAAAUGCAAAGGAAGGCCAGGUCGUCACGCGUUUCCCGCCUGAACCCUCUGGGUACCUCCAUAUCGGCCAUGCAAAGGCCGCGAUGCUGAACCAGUAUUUCGCAAAAAUGUACAAUGGCAAGAUGAUCAUUCGCUUUGAUGAUACCAACCCCACAAAAGAGCGGUCUGAGUUUGAGGAGACCAUCUUGCAAGAUUUGGAACUCCUGAACAUCCGCGGAGAUAAAACGACGCACACGUCAGAUUACUUUGACCAGAUUUAUGAAUUGGCCAUUCAAAUCAUCAAGAGUGGCAAAGCGUACACCGAUGAUACCGAGCAAUUACAGAUGCGCGAGGAACGAGGCAAAGGUGUUGCAUCUGCUCAUAGAGAUGACUCGAUCGAGGAUAACUUAAGGCACUUUGAGGAGAUGAAAUCCGGAUCCCCAGAAGGUCUGAGAUGGUGUCUACGCGCGAAAAUCAGCGUGGACAGUCAGAACAAAGCUCUUCGCGACCCCGUCAUUUAUCGAUGUAACUUAAUCCCUCACCACCGAACUGGAGAUAUGUGGAAAAUAUACCCCACCUACGAUUUUGCAUGUCCAAUCGUGGACUCCCUUGAGGGAGUUACCCAUGCCCUCAGAACGAAUGAGUACCGAGAACGAAAUGCGCAAUAUCAGUGGAUGAUCAAAGCCCUUGGCAUUCGCGGUGUCGACAUAUGGGACUUCAGUCGUCUCAAUUUCAUCUAUACACUUCUGUCCAAGAGGAAAUUGCACUGGUUCGUGGACAGCGGAAUAGUCAAGGGUUGGGAUGACCCGCGUUUCCCAACCAUUCGUGGAAUUCGUAGGCGUGGACUAACUGUGGAUGCGCUGUCGCAGUUCAUGUUGGCUCAGGGGCCUUCGCAAGCGAUUGUAUCGCUCGAGUGGGAUUCGAUUUGGGCCAUCAAUAAGAAAGUAAUCGAUCCUGUUGCUCCGCGGUUCUGGGGCAUUGUCAAAGACAAGAGUGUCUCUGUAACCAUCAACGGUGGUCCCCCUGCACCCGAGGUGAAAACCCUACCACUGCAUAAGAAGAAUCCAGAUAUCGGCGAGAAAAAGACCGUAUUUACGUCUACUAUCCUUGUCGAGCAGGAAGACGCCGCGUCCUUCGAGGACCAAGAGGAGAUCACGUUGAUGGACUGGGGUAACGCCAUCGUCCGAUCUAAGACCACGGGUCCCUCGGGCGACGUCACUUCCCUCACGAUGGACCUCCAUCUUGAGGGCGAUUUCCGCAAGACGAAGAAAAAGAUUACUUGGCUUGCACAACCCUCCCAGGAUUACCCCUUAGUCGACGUAACGCUCCUUGACUACGACUACCUGAUCACGAAGAAGAAGCUCGAGGAGACGGACGACGUCAAAGAUUUCGUUACGCCCGUGAGCGAGUUCCGGGAGGAGGCGUUCGCAGAUGCGAACGUAAGCACGCUUACUAAAGGGGACAUCAUUCAGUUUGAGAGGAAGGGUUAUUUCAUCUUUGAUGGCACUGCGGAGGAUGGGAAGCUCGAGUUUAUCCGGAUUCCCGACGGGCGUGCGGCUAACCUGGCUAGUAAGGCAGGGAAGCCUAGUGUCGUUGCCGUCGACGCUCCAGUGUUGGCCUCGGGCACUACUACCGACGUUAGUCCGGUACCCUCCUCGACGAUGUACAAGAUGGAGAAGAUUUAUGGCGAGGAACCGGUGAAGCCUGUGUCCACCACAAAGAUGUACACGCUCUCGAAUGUAUACGAGUGA